AUUCUGAUAACACGUGCACAGAUUCAUCACCCAAUCCUUUUCCCCCCUCCUCUCCAACCAUAUUAGAAGAAUUUACACAGAUAACAGGAAGUACAGAAAGCAAAAAUUCAGGAAGAUGUCAAUGGCAUCAUCAUCAUCCUUCCCAUGCAUCAAACUGAGAAUCCCAUCAUCACCUACCUCCUCUCCAUCAUCUCCCUCAUCUUCUUCUUCAUUCUCGUCUUCCUCUUUCAGAUUUUCUACAGCUAAGCCCCCAAUAUUUACCAUAAGGAGUUCUCAGGCUGAUGGGCCUAUUAGAAGACCAGUGGCUCCUCCUCCUACACCUGUAAAACCAACUCCACCAUCCCCUCCACCUUCUUCCCCUGCUGCUGCUUCACCUCCGCCAACACCUCCUUCCCCUCCCAAACCUGUGGCUGUGGCUGCUGUGGAAGAUAAGAAUGUCAUUACCCUGGAGUUUCAAAGGCAAAAGGCUAGGGAACUUCAAGAAUACUUUAAGCAGAAGAAACUUGAAGAAGCAGAUCAAGGUCCCUUUUUUGGUUUUAUUGGCAAGAAUGAGAUUGCAAAUGGCAGAUGGGCGAUGUUUGGUUUUGCUGUUGGGAUAUUAACAGAAUAUGCAACUGGUUCUGACUUAGUAGAUCAAGUUAAGAUUCUGCUGUCCAAUUUUGGAAUUGUUGAUCUGGAAUGAUUCUUCAAUGGAGUACCAUAAGGCCACUGCUCCAGCCCCUCUUUACUGUAUCUCAUGUACACAUAGUUGAUGUUCCCUUGUAACUUCUUGGCACAAUUUGUUCCACAUUCGUUUUGCUCAAGUCACUCGAUCCCAGAAUAUUGCAUCUAUUGAACCUUUGAGUGUACCCAUAAUAUACAAGUCAUGGUUUCUCCAUUGUUCUUGGGAGUUUUCGCUGUCCAGUCAAUGAUGCCAAUCGAUGAGUGGAGGCAUGUCUUAAGCAUCUUGUUUUAAAAUGAUUCAUAGUCUCCAAAAACAAUGGAAACCGGUUAAUACUCUUCUGCUUUGGCCUCUCUUCUUGGUUCAGAAGGAGACCGAGGUGUGUGUAUAUAUAAUGUAUUCACCUAAUGCUUUUGGUCUUGACAGAAAACAGGGAACGCAAUAAAAAGUUCAUUUUUAGGAAUUUAUGUUGUUCCAGGAUAGCUGUAAGUUGCACAGGAUUGAACCUUCUAACAAUAAUUGGAUUUGGGAUUUUCA